CAUAGGUCGGACAUAAUGUAUGCAGUCAGCUGAAAGAAUUGCAGUCGAACCUGAGCAACUGCUUGAUUUGUUGAUCACUUGACAAGAUACGGAUUCGUUCAAAUCGGUUCAAAUCAGACGCCUUCCUGUAUCAGUUUGACUACAGUGGAGUGCAGAUGGAGCAAGCGCACAACUACUGGCACAACCACUGGCAAGUGCUCGGGUCUUAUCACCUUUACGAACCUACCACGCCAGAGUGUGUUUCUAUCCUCGCAAAGGAAUUUGGACAUGCCCAAUUUGGCGAUGAGAUACUCCGCGAGAUCGCUGAGGAGACACGCACACGAAAGGCCCAAAGUUUCUCCGAGUUCUCGGUCAGGUUCAGCGAGAAGUCGCCGCGAACAGUUCUAAAAAUCAGACUUUUGCCGGGCCAUCUCGACGAACGCUGUGCACGGCGACGAACUAACUCAGACACCCCACUUUCACUUGAGAAAUCUGUGGCAUCUGCAAGUCGACGACGUGAUCGACAGUGCUUGACUUGGCUCAACAGAUUUUCGUUCGGUCCAUCGACAUUUAUUGGUACUAUUCAAGUUGUCCGUCACAAAGGGCGGACGAGAGGUCUACUAUGGAAUCCCGAACUUUGGGUUAUUUGAUGUUCAAGUUUUGCGCCGGUCAUUUAGCAUGUUGAUUGCUUGAUAUUCAGCUAACGGAGCGUAGAUCAAUCAUAUAUCUUGGACCAUAUCAUGAAACGAGUUGAUUAUAUUGGGUAAUUUGACGAUGAA